UAACUAGAUAUGAAGAAGAAACAGGCUUCAAGCGAUGAGUCGAUUGAAGGCAGAAAAGGGUAUCUUUUGAUAGUAUUUAUUGCAACUCUAAACUUUAUUUCAAAUUAGCUUUUUUGAAAUGUCUCUGGGAGGUGAUUAUCAUUUUUCUUAUUCGCCAAAAGCUACAAACAGGAGUAAUGAUGAUACAGCAGAAGCCAGACCGCAUCCUAACACACCUGGGCUUACUAAUGAUUAUAUAAGCAGUAGCAGCGAUAGUAGUGGGAAUGAGAGUGAUACUGACAUCACAGAUCAUGAUCCAAGCUUCUCUUCGAAUCUAGAACAGGUGCCCUCUAUUAUACCCGAUAAAAAAAAUUCCCUCUCGAAAAAGUCAACUGCAUCUCCCGAGCACAUGUCGCGCAAAGAAAAAGCUUUAAGUUAUCUCCAGAAAAAACUUCCAGGACGACUCGUUCGCCGCGCUUUAAAAUGUACGCUUGCUUUUUUUAUCUCGACUUUAUUUGGUGUGGUGACUCCCUUGGCCCAGACAUUUCAGCCAGCACCAUAUAUCGUUUGCGCAGGCUGCUUGCUGAGUCAUCCAGGCCGCACAUUAGGAGCUCAAUUAGAUGCUACUUUGGCUUCCAUCGUUGGUACUAUCAUUGGCAUCAUUUAUACCUUAGCUGGCGUUGCUGCGGCAACAAAGUACAAUAUAGACCAUCCUGGAUCGUCUGCAGGUACAGCCAUCAAUUGUGCGUUCUUGAUGUUUGGUGUAUUCUUUGCUCAAAUUGUUCGUCAAAAGGCGCCCAAGCUUUUUUUCUUUACCAUACAGUUUCUGGUGAUUGUCAUGUUUUCAAUGACAAGUAGCGCAGGCAAUACAGAAAUGCAUUUAUCUUUAUCAAGCCAAUAUGGUAUACCCUUCUUUAUUGGUACUUUUGUUUCUCUUGUAGUGAACCUGUUUUUAUGGCCUGAAACUGCUAUGGAUGGAUUAGGACGUGCAUUAAAUCAAACCUUAUGUGACACAAGAGAGAUGCUUGAUACGAUCACUCGACAAUUCUUCCUAGAUCCAGAAUCACCGAUGGUUCCUGCGCAUGUUGUGGAUGAAUUAGCUGCGAAAAUGCGGCAAGGCAUGGUAAAAGUCAAUACAGCUUAUAAGGAGGCCAAAUAUGAAGUUGUGUAUGCAUAUACUUGCUCUUCAGACCUGAACUCUUUACGUCGAUCGCUUGAUAUGAUUACACGACACUUGAAUCUUCUUGGUUCUAACUUAAAGACGGAAAGAAUAUUGUUUAAAAGCGCAAGCUCGAUUUCUAAACAUCAGGAGGAGAUUGUUACUGAUUCUUAUCAACCAAUUGAAAAUGAUUGCUUGCAUCAAUCUGUUCGCGAUGCUGUCAAUAGCUAUCUUGAGGAUGGAACGUACCAUGCUUCUAUUAAACCACAUGAUUAUCAUAGGAAGGAAUCUUCUCAAAGUGAUACUGGUCAUAGUGAAAGCAGCACUAAUGACGAAAACAUAUCAAAAGAGCCCCGUAUGAAAGAAGGCUCUAAAUCUAAGUGUCACACAACGCCUUUGAAACGAUUCUCUGAGCCUCAAAAUAUGGGACAUGAAGAAGGCAGCAAGGAAAAAAGAAAGGGCCAUGUUCACUCCUUAUCGACCGAUGAUGCAAAUCAAGAAACAAUCUCUUCAGUAAGGUCAUUUCUUAACCUUGCCAAAUUAUCAGUUUCAGCUCCAAAGCCUCCACCAAAGUCAGAAAAGAAACUCGAAUCUACUUCAAAGCGGUUGAUGGUAACCUAUCUUGAUACCUUGCGCGAUCCCUUGAUUUCAUUGGCAGCCGAAUGUGCUCUGGUCCUUGACUGUAUACGUGAUAGCUUAUGCGAUCAACUUGACAUAUCGAAUGACGAUGAUGCCUAUGUUCAACACAAAAGUGUUUGCAGUUAUUUGCUUCACUUGCUUAAAAUCAAGACAGUCAAUACUGAGUUUUACCUUAAGUACCUUGAAAGAAAGAAACGAAACGCAUCAUUUCUCUGCAGUUGUGCGGAUACAAUGCGGUAUCGAAUUAAACAGUUUGACAAGUGUCAAAAGAUAAGAAUGCAAGCACUUUAUAGACUCAACCAGACACAUCUGCACCAACAAAAACUGGAUUCGGGUCUUCAAGAAGAUUUGUUUCUCAUCUUUUUCUUCAUCUUUACCAUGAGGGAAAUCGCAUUGGGGCUAGGGCAAAUGGCAAGAGAUAUGCGCAAAAUUCAAGAAAAAACACAACAGGAAAUACGCUCCAGUAAACGACAAAGUAGAAAAAAGCAUCUUUAUAUGCCUCAGGUGACUAUCCAAACUUGGAAGAAAUGGUUCUUAUCAAACAACUAUCGAAAUGUCUUGGAUCGUGGUGGCUACUCAUUUUCGUAUUUCCAGAAUUAUAUGCCUGCAGAUAUUGAACCAAAAAAUGCAGAGGAAGAAUAUCGUUUAUCGAAAAUAACAACAAACCGAAACAACCAAACAUUGCAAAGCGAUUUGGAAAACAGAAAUGUAAAUGUUCAUGAAGACGAUACAGAGGAAUUGACACAGAUGCGUCAUAGAAAAAAGACACAGGAAUAUAAUCUUUCAAGUUUAGCAAAACUAGAAUCAGGGCCUUCUUCAUCUCUCAAGGAGACAGAAAAAGUACCUUUCAUUUUACGGUUUCGAUACAGAUUAUGGUUCCUUUUACAAUUUUUUCAGAACUAUGAAUUCAGAUUUGCUUUAAAAAUGUCAAUAGUAGUAGGCGCCCUCACUAUACCAGCAUGGAUACCCAGCACAAGAGAAUGGUUUGCAGCAAUUCGUGGACAAUGGGCUGCUUUGACGGUUAUUUGUAUUAUGAGCCCCACAAGUGGAGGAACCUUAUCCGCUGGUCUUUGGAGAUUAGUUGCUACUCUUGUUGGAGGGUUUUGGGCUUGGGCAGCAUUGGAAAUUAAUAGUACAAGUGGAGCACUCUUAUCUGGGUUUGGUGUGAUACUAGCCAUUCCAUUGUUCCUUAUUCACUUUUCAACAUCUUAUAGUAAAGUUGCAUUGAUUUCACUAGUAACUUAUGUGGUUAUUGGCUUUCAGUCUGCUUCGCCUAUAAGUUACCCAGAAUCUAUCGCAACUAUGGUUUGGCAAAGAACUACAACUCUUGUUAUUGGCUUAGUUGCCGCUCUGCUUCUUAAUUGGAUGGUUUGGCCAUUUGUAGCUCGAGAUGCUGUUCGAAAGACAUUAGCAAGUGCUAUUGGCGAUUUAGGCGACUACUAUGCCUAUGUAAUGGGUACUUUUCUUUAUCAUGAUGAAGGCUUGUUUCCCACCAUAGACGAGUAUAAAGAAGCUGAGAAAAUUGAGCGCAGACUAGAAAGCAUGCUGACUACGUGUGGUGUCUUGCUUGAACUGACGGAUCAUGAGCCAAGACUAAAGGGCCCAUUCCCAAAAGAAUUUUACAGAGAAAUGAUUACAUCUUGCAUGAAUAUGCUUGAUUGCCUUGUUUCUAUGAGAAUAGCUUUUCUAAAAAUGUCACCAAGCGUAAAAAAAACUGUAUGGAGUCUGGAUCAGAACUUUUAUCGAAGAGAUAUGGUUGCAUCAAUUCUGCUACAUUUUUAUACUCUUUCUGCAUCUUUAAGAGCAAAGAUUCCUUUACCGUCCUUUAUGCCAUCUGCCAGACAAGCUAGAUUGAAAAUAUUGCAUCGUCGACGUCCAGAAGACCGUCCAAAAAAGCUGCUUCGAUAUCAGAACCUGACUUGGUUUUCUAUGAGUUUUUCAACCGAAGAACUUAUCGAGGAACUUGAGCACUUGACAGAGUUAAUUCGUUUUAUCGUAGGCGAUUCCAGGUUUACCUCGAAAGCGAGACGACUUGAAAAGAGCAGAAAAUUCCAAAUUUAUGAGUAGUUUUUUUACAUGUAUUUUAGGAAUCAAAGCGUUUUUUAAAACAAAUUAUUAAAACAGAAUUGUUUACUAUCUUUUGAUUUACUAUCUAAGGUGAAGGCAUUCGCUUGAAGUAAUAUUGUUCUCUUUUUCUUUUCAAUAAAAGCUAAUUAUGAUAAUGCUUGAA